AUGGCGAACGAAUAUUCCAAAAUUAAACCCGUACCUGAAGCAGUUGACAUAAUUGACCCUAACGACAUUACAAGUAUAUGCAGCGAGCGGGUAGACAGUUUGACCACUGACUGUGGAGAGGGAGCGCUCCUCCUCCGUCUCAAUCACAUAUACGGUCGAGAGCCAAUGAAACUUGAUUAUUCGGAAUUCGAGAGGGGCCCAUCGAAAUCCCUCGAGCUAUGUCAUUCAGGCUCUCAAGUCUUGCUUCAAUCAAAUAUAAUAGAAGAAGAGAUAUCGAUAGGGCAGGGGGAAGUAAAAUUCGAGGCGGCCGCGAGUGGCAACAACCAAAUCUGCGCAGAAGAGGAAUUGGAAAAAGCGCUCAAGGAAGUUUGUGCACUUCCUCACACUCACACACAGCUGAUACUAGAGAGGACAAGUGAUACGGCCGCCUUUUCACUCAAGCAACAAGUUCGUUUGCAUAGCGAGUAUAGAGCAGACAAAAGCUUUGACGGCACCUUCUCAUGGCUGAUGCCGAGGCAAGCAUUCUUCCCACUUCAAAAGGCUCCAUGGAAUCUGGGAUGGAUCUACUAUCACGACCAGGGGGCUCCCAAAAUAUACGUCGUUAUCCAUCCGACCUGCACCGAAGAACUUGAGAGAAGAAUUAAGGAGGCGAUUCCAGAUAUAGGGAAAUGCACGCAGGGGAUUACACACCGAAAAAUUAUUCCGACACUUGAUUUUCUUAAAAGGCAUGAAAUACAGAUCUCUCUUAUGGUGCAGAAAGAGGGAGAAGUAGCCGUCAUCCUUCCGAGAACAUACUAUUUUGCUCUCCAGACGGGACCGGGCUACUUGGAGAAAACUCUUUACGCCCCUAAGAAUUGGGGGCAAACCAAUCUGAAAGGAUACCGUCGCUGCAGCAGUAAUGGAUGUGGGCCUUUCUAUUCACACCGAAUAUUCAAAGCUGAUGGGGGUGAAGUUAUUUCACCUGGACCACAGCAAGAAACUUCCUCCUCCCAGGCUAGUGACGAGGCCGGGGAUGUUCCAAUGACGUUGGAUGAUCAGAGUUUGAGCGAGUCCUCUGCUGAUUCCCAAAUUCCAAUAGCUCAGGACGCCACUCCCGCUAUGUUUACUAAGAAAUUAUAUUGUGUGCUUGAGCGGGCUAAGAACGAAGGGAAUGCACGUCAGGUAGCAUCAGCACGGAGGGUGCUAUUGGAAUGGCCGCAACUGGAAGAGUUUGCAUCAUAG